UUGGGGUUAUACCGUCAUUUCCUUUAGUGAGAGGAGCGCAACGGAUCUUUUUUUAUUUGCUCGGCUGAUAUCUCAGCAUGAAGGAGAUAAAGAGCGAGCGGGAGCGAGGGAGCCGACGGAGGCACCGCGACGGGGACGUGGUGGCGGCGGCGGCGGCGGUGGUGAAGGUGAAGCAGGAGCGGCUCAGCCCGGAAGCCGCGCCUCCCGCCCACCGCCGCCCAGAUUCCUCUGGCGGUAGCGCGUCCCCGCCGGCAGGCGAGCCGGGCCGCCCCGGUCACCGAGGGAACCGAGCCCGAGGAGGUAGCCGGUCCCCAGCCAAAAAGAAAAACAAGUCCUCAGGGAGAAGAAGCAAGUCUCCACGAAGUAAGAGAAGCCGAAGCCCUCACCACUCAGCAGUCAAGGUGAAGCAGGAGCACGAGGAUCAUCCCCGGAGGGGACGGGAAGAGCGGCAGCACAGGGAACCGUCAGGCCAGGAGCACAGGCGAGCUAGGAACAGUGACCGUGACAGACACAGGGGCCAUUCUCACCAGAGGAGAAGCUCUAAUGAGAGGCCUGGGAGUGGGCCGGCUCAGGGACACGACCGAGACCUUCAGCACCUCCAGGCCCAGGACGCAGAGCGGGAGCUCUACAAUGCCCGGAGACGGGAGAACCGCCAGAAGCAUGAAGUUAGUGCCGGUGGUCCUGAGUCUCAGGAGCUGGCUCCCCGACCUGGCGGCAACAGUAAGGACAGAGAGGUGCCUGCGAAAGAAAAGCCCAGCUUUGAACUUUCUGGGGCACUUCUGGAGGAUACCAACACUUUCCGGGGUGUCGUCAUUAAAUAUAGCGAGCCCCCAGAAGCACGGAUCCCCAAGAAACGGUGGCGCCUCUACCCCUUUAAAAAUGAUGAGGUGCUUCCCGUCAUGUAUAUCCACCGGCAGAGCGCCUACCUCCUGGGCCGGCACCGCCGCAUCGCUGACAUCCCGAUCGACCAUCCCUCCUGCUCGAAGCAGCACGCGGUCUUUCAGUAUCGGCUUGUGGAAUAUACCCGAGCUGAUGGUACAGUCGGCCGAAGGGUGAGGCCCUACAUCAUUGACCUUGGCUCAGGCAAUGGAACGUUCUUGAAUAACAAGCGCAUUGAGCCACAGAGAUACUAUGAACUGAAGGAGAAGGACGUGCUUAAAUUUGGGUUCAGCAGCAGAGAGUAUGUCCUGCUUCACGAGUCGUCCGACACGUCUGAAGUAGACAGGAAGGAAGAUGAGGACGAGGAGGAGGAGGAGGAAGUAUCUGACAGCUAGCAAACUGAGGACUCAAAGUCUGGAGAGACUCUUCUUGCUUCGAAGGUUUUGGGAUUGACUCAGAGAGUGCCAGGGAGCUCUCUGUAAUGCCUCUUAUUGCCUUAAGUCUUUCCUGUGUCGCUGACCAGCUUAUGUUCUAGGAUCAGAGAACUGGCUUCUCUUCGGUUGAACUUCCUCCCGUGGCACAUCGGCCACUUGCCCGUGAGCAUUUGUUUUCAGAACAGUCUCACCAACACGUUGUGUUUCAGUAGAAGCAUUGUGGCUUUAGUUGGUGCUUCCAGAACUGCUGCCUAGGAAACUGUAAACCCUUGGUUAAAGGGGAAUUGUGGCUUGUUCUCUUUGUACAGUUACUUUAUUUAUAUAGUUAAGCUUUGUGGACUGGGUUUGUGUUUUGGUUUUAUGGGGCAAACCCCUGAACAGAGAAUCUUACUAAGCUUUGGUCAUCACCAAAACAACCUCCAGUAUAUACCAAAGCUUUGACCUGGUUGAGCUCUUGAGUCACAGAAGUUGAUUUUGCACUUCAUUUUGGGGGUGGGGGGGGUGAGGAUGUACCCCAUGACCUCAUUAUGGACUAUUGGACUUAAACGGAUGCUUUAUGGAGCCUGCUUAAGCACACGACUGUAUGGACAGGGCUUGGUUCCUGCCAGUGGGUGCUGAUUUCAUGUCCCACGAGGCUGAAAUGGAUCAUAGAUCUGUUCCUUGUUGCAGAAUUCUGAUUUCUCCGUAGAGCGUGUACAGAACAAUUUUGAUCACCUGUUCAACUUUGCAUUUUUAUUCAAAUGUUAUCUCCUUCCUCCUUUGCAAGACAGUGUCAUUUAUGUAGCGGGGUCCUUGCUUUGUUCUAACAGCAUCGUAUAUGUCGAAAGGAGGUUGUGUAGUUCCCACAUUUCAUCUUUUCAGAAACUGUUCAGAGAGGUUGUGUUUACCUUCCCAAGGCCAGAAAGCAAGGGAAUUGCCCUGUUUCCUCACUUUCCACCAGAGGAGUAUGUGUAAGUAGCAGAGUCCUAACUACUUGCAUAUAUUGUGUGUUUGUGUGUAUGUGUGUGUAUAUAAAAUUGCGUGUGAAAGAGCUGCAUAUUGAUUUUCAUAUGAGAAUGUUUUGUGAUGUAAAUGUAAUACUACAUUAUAGGCAAAUGCCUCCCUGCAUUUGAAGAGCAGGUUUUCAUUUAUAUGUAUUUUUGGGAUAAAAAAAUAAUAAAAUUUGUAAAUACAACCCCA